UAAUAUUCGAAGCUACCACGCUUCACCAUUUAUCUCCUCUUACAAAAAAAAAACUAAUCUCAAGUUUGAUCAAGAAAAUCAAGAAAGAUGCCUAAAGACAGGAAGAUCGGAAUCGCGAUGGACUUCUCGGAGAGCAGCAAGAAUGCACUGAAAUGGGCGUUUGAGAACUUAGCUGAUAAAGGAGACACACUUUACAUCAUCCACACGUUACCAACCUCCGAAGUUGAUUCUCAUAACUCUGCCUGGCUCGAAUCCGGUUCUCCUCUUAUACCGUUGAUGGAGUUUAGGGAACCGGAGAUCAUGGAGAAAUAUGGUGUCAAGAUUGAUAUCCCAGUUCUUGACAUGCUUGACACUGGUUCAAGGCAGAAAGAGGUGCAUGUAGUGACGAAAUUAUAUUGGGGAGAUGCAAGAGAGGCGCUGGUCGAUGCUGUUGAAGAUCUCAAACUUGAUUCUAUUGUCAUGGGAAGCAGAGGACUCAGUGCCCUUCGAAGGAUAAUAAUGGGAAGCGUGAGCAGCUUCGUGAUUCAGCACGCUCCUUGCCCUGUCACCGUUGUCAAGGAUAACGACUCUCACUAAAUAAUAAUGUCUAUCUCAUUAUGUUUUUACCAAAACAAUCAUCGCUGCGUAUGCUUUUAAUUAAAGAAUAAAAGACCCUUUUCUUGCUCGUAUUUGUAUUUGAAUUCGUAUUCGUAUCAAUAUAUUAUUACACAGUUGUUCACACCCUAAAAA